AUGGCGACCCUUCUUCACCCGUUUAUCCAAUACUCUUCCUCCCUCUGGACUUGGCCACCGCUGUCAGUGAUCACGAAGAACUCUUGUCGCCUCUCGCCAAGCAGCCAAGUCGAUUCCAGGCCCGUGUUCUCCUUGUCACUAUUGAGCUUGCACAAACGAACCCCGUCAGCUCCAGGGCACCCCAUGCCCUUGCUCAUGGCUCAAGCCUGUAAAGUUCCGGUCCAGUCGGCCUCGCCCUUUCGCGGUUUUUGUUUUUCUUACCUUGUCAUAUCCACAUCCACUUCGCAUCGGAUUUCAUGUGGAGGUACCCCCAUGCUU